AUGGCCACUACCACCUCCACCGCCUCCAGCGUACCUUCGACGUACCGAGCACUAGUGCUCAACUCGACCAGAGAUCCCUAUGACAUCUCAGUCGUCCAGAAGAACCAACUCCAAGCAGGGCCAGGGAGCGCAGUGGUCCAGAUCCUUGUGGCCAGCGUCUUGACGUACGCCGGACGAGUCUACAGCGGCCGCAAGCCCUACCCCUACCCGGAGCCCUUCGUGCCAGGGUCGUCUGCCAUAGGCCGCCUAGUCGCCGCGGGCGCAGAUGCCACGCUGCUGAAGCCCGGCCAGCUGGUCUAUAUCGACACGUUCAUCGAGGGCCGGGACGAUCGGACGUCCCUGAUCCUUCACGGCCUAUCGUCCGGCUUCUCUCCCGGCAGUAAAGUCCUCAUGAAAGGCGAGUGGCGCGACGGCACAUACGCCGAGUACUCCAAGCUGCCGCUGGAGAACUGCUUCCCACUAGACGAGGCCCGACUCCUGGGCAGUCCCGCCCACGGUGGUCUAGGCUACAAGAUCGAGGACCUGAUGUACCUAUGGCCGCUAUCGGUCCCCUUUGGCGGACUCCGCGACGUCGGUCUCCACGCCGGGGAGAAAGUCAUCAUCACGCCCGCGACGGGCUCGUUCGGCGGUGCCGCGGUGCUGGCCGCGCUGGCCAUGGGGGGGCGCGUCGUCGCCGUGAGCCGCGACAUGGAAUCACUGGAACGACUCAAGGUUUUCAGUCCCGAGGGCAGGAUCACGACGGUGCAGAACACGGGUGAUGUGGAGACUGAUGUCAAGAAGCUGACGCAGGACGGGCCGGCCGACGUGUUUUUCGACAUCUCGCCGGGUAAGGCGGCGUCCAGCGCGCACUUCAAAAGCUGCGUCCGGGCGCUGGGGCGUGGCGGGCGCGUGAGCUUGAUGGGUUACCACGAUCAGCUGCCGCUGCCCAUGCCUUUCGUCGUGCUGAACGAUCUUACCAUCAAGGGGAAGUGGAUGUAUACGAAGGAGGACCUUCGCGUCAUGAUCAAGAUGGUUGAGACGGGUUUCUUGAAGCUGGGCGAGGCGGGCGGCAUCAAGACGGUGGGCAGCUUUCCGCUGGAGGAGUUUGCUGCUGCCUUUGAACAAGCAGCAGACCAUGGCGGACCUGGGCUGCAGACGGUCAUUGCCCCUUAA